UACGCAAAUUAUCUGCUUAUUUAUUCGAUUUCUGAAUGCGUGCUAGUGAGUGACGACUUAACCUCGCUGAAAUUUCACACGCUGAGUAAAGUAAUAAAACACGUAUUAAAAUAAUCUACAAUUUUGUGAAAAUUAAGAAAUUACUUAAUUUAAUAAUUUAACAUUCCAAGAUUGGCAGGAUAAUUACCCAGGAGAAAGAAAGAAGAUAUACACAUGCAUGUUAACAAAGGUGAAACAUCGUUAAGGAAACGUAUCUAGGACGAAAUAAAAUUAGAUUCAAAUAAUCGUCUAAUUGAAUGCAUCAUCCGGAAGGUUUCAUAGUGAUAGUGUAUUACGGAAAGUCAAGAAAAUGUUUAAGAAAUUUGAUGAGAAAGACAGUGUUUCUGGUGUUCAGCAAUUGAAGUCAUCUGUGCAGAAAGGAAUCCGUGCAAAACUUUUAGAAUUGUAUCCUCAUUUGGAGAGUCACAUAGAUGUUAUAAUACCAAAGAAAGAUGCUUUUCGCAUUGUAAAAUGUCACGACCAUAUAGAAAUCAUAGUGAAUGCAGCAGGGGAUCUGUUAUUCUUUCGGCAACGUGAAGGCCCCUGGAUGCCUACUUUAAGAUUAUUACAUAAGUAUCCAUUCUUCCUGCCGAUGCAACAAGUUGACAAAGGUGCCAUUCGGUUUGUUCUUAGUGGUGCCAACAUAAUGUGCCCUGGUUUAACAUCAAAAGGUGCCAAGAUGAUGACUGUGGAUAAAAAAACAGUUGUCGCUGUUAUGGCUGAGGGUAAACAACAUGCAUUAGCUGUUGGAGUUACGACGUUAUCAACAGAAGAAAUCAUCAAAGUGAAUAAGGGCGUAGGCAUCGAAAACUGUCAUUAUUUGAAUGAUGGACUUUGGCAAAUGAAACCAGUGAAGUAAGAUCUAAUAACCGAUUAUACCAUAGAUUAUACUAGGAUUGUAAUCAAAGAAUGAUUUCACAUACAGAUAUUUUAUUUCUACUUCACCAUACAAUCGUAUUAUUCAUUUCUACUUUUUUACCACAAUUUCGUGUAAAACAAUACAUUCUGGACAAUUUUUGUGUCUACAAUGUAGAGUGUAAUAAAACCAGGUUAUUAUUGUACUUCUAUCUUAUAAAUUAUAAAAUUACGCCGAAAGUAAAGUCUGCUGGCGUCAAGAUAUAGAGAUAAAUACAGUCAUAAUCAUGUCAUACCAAUGAAAAUAACAUUUGUAAAAUAAAAAAAAUAUUUAACCG